CUGAAUCAGGCUCUGCUCAGACAGCAAAAACGAGCAACGCUUGAAGUCGGCUACGGAUCGUGGUACGGCAGAGGCUGUGGACCUUUCCAAUCCUCCUCGCUCUUCAAAGCAAAUUCUUGUUCUGACGAGCUCAGAUUUAUCUCAUAGGUUACGCCGUUCUGCAGUCACGGGGUAUUUCCUUAAGCAGAUUUCAUCAUAUCCCACUUGCCGCUCAUCCAUCUAUCCCCUCUCCCCGACCCUUUGUUCCUUGAAGACUCUGCGUGUCAAAGCCAGGAGCUCUUCGAAACAACUAUGGCGUCACGAGCACACGAUGCACCUGGUGGUGCGCCCUCAGAAGUUGCUCCCAGGAAUAAGCAAGAGCAAUCGCUGAACGACCGCUUCUUCCGCUACUUUCAACAAGAGAUCACGGCUUUGCAAGACCAGAUGGACCGUCUCGCCGAUACCUCGACGGCCGGCGGAGAAAGCCGAGAUGCCGUUGACCACUGUCUUGCUGGGAUAUCGAGGUUGUCAAGUGAAGUUAAGGACGCCUCUAGCUACGUACCACCAUAUGAUCAGCGGAUAUAUGCUGAAGCGAUCAAAGCUCUUCAAGAAAAGCUAGCAGAGACCCAAGCGGCUAUUGCUCCCCGGCAAAAGUUCACCUUCAAAACCGCCCGCAAAAAUCCCUCCGCGAUAUCUCUUGCAGAUGUAGCCGAACUAGACGCGCAAGGCCGUCGCCAUAUCCCCGGUUAUCGGUCUGGGGACAACUCAUCUGUGGAAUCGUCCCUGAACACAACACCCCUUCAUGCUCUGACGCCUAACGAUCCUGGAGGUCCAGAAAGUCCAAGCAACGGCUUCGCGGAUGGCUCUCUCUCCUCUUUUACUACACGGGAUACAUCAGAGAUAGGCAACGGGCAGUCUACAAAGAACGAAAUUUCGCCGAUAUCCGUGAACUCGCAGUCCAAUGUGCGGUUCACCCUGCCGCGUCCUACGUUACAUAAAUCAGUUCCAAUCUCUAUCACUUCAGUGACACGCUCUGUGAUUGAUCUACUCGAUGGAUACCCAUUUGCUGCUCUUUCGGUCAAGAAUAUUACCGACAGUUUACUCAUGUGCGGCGAAGUAACGGGAGCGGCGCACAUCACCGGUGUGGGACAUUCAGUGAUUGCCGUAUCCUGCCAUCAGUUCCGUAUGCAUGAUUGCGAUAAUGUCACCGUCUAUCUUGGGUGCUCGAGCACUCCCAUCAUCGAGAAUUGUCACAAUAUUCGCUUCACUCAUAUCCCAAGUCCUUUUCUUCGAAGCCCGGUUCCUUUUACAAUAAAGGAUUCUUGGUCCCAUGUAGAUGACUUCAGUUGGCUCAAGAUGGGCCAUAGCCCUAACUGGAGGGUUGCAGACGAAAAGGAGUUCGAUCCGGAUCAUAUAUGGAAAGGCCUGUGCGGCAACAAUGGCCAGCAAUCAUUGGAAGCAGUUUCCCUUACCUCCUAAGCCUAUAAAAUCUCAAUGAGGCAAAAGAUGGUGUGCCUUUGUGAAAUUGAUUGCGUGCAUAAUCUUCAAGAAGAUUUUUUAUUUGAUAUACAAUAUAGUCAG